AUGGACUAUCUGAUUAGUGAGCUCUGCUGCUUGUUGUGCCCCCCCUGCCCAAGCCGCAUUGCUGCCAAGCUAGCCUUCCUACCCCCUGAGCCCACCUAUGCCCUUCUGCCCGAUUUGGAGGCGGGGACGGUACCAACUGGUUCAGUGGGGACAUCUGGCCUCCGCUCCCGAGGGGGUGGAGGUGGCGGAGGGGCCAGUGGAGGAGGGGGUGGGAGUGUGGCUGGAGAGGGAAGGUGGAAGCUUCAUCUCACAGAGCGUGCAGAAUUCCAGUAUUCCCAAAGAGAGCUGGAUGCCACGGAAGUUUUCCUGACGCGAUCCAGCCGGGGUAACAAAGUGGGCUGCAUGUACAUCCGUUGUGCCCCAACUGCCAGGUUCACCGUAUUGUUCUCUCACGGCAACGCUGUGGAUCUGGGCCAGAUGAGUAGCUUUUACAUUGGUCUGGGAACACGCAUUAACUGCAACAUCUUCUCCUACGACUACUCUGGUUAUGGUGUGAGCACAGGGAAGCCGUCAGAGAAGAACCUGUACGCGGACAUCGAUGCCGCGUGGCAGGCUUUACGCACAAGAUAUGGCAUUAGCCCGGAGAACAUCAUCUUGUAUGGGCAGAGCAUUGGCACUGUACCAACAGUCGACCUGGCGUCAAGAUACGAGUGUGCCGCCGUGGUCCUGCACUCACCUUUGACCUCUGGAAUGAGGGUGGCCUUCCCUGACACCAAGAAGACCUACUGCUUCGACGCUUUCCCCAACAUCGAGAAAGUGUCCAAAAUCACGUCGCCGGUCCUGAUCAUCCACGGGACCGAAGACGAGGUGAUCGACUUCUCUCACGGGCUGGCCCUGUUUGAGCGCUGCCCCAAAGCCGUGGAGCCGCUGUGGGUGGAGGGGGCCGGCCACAACGACAUCGAACUGUACAGUCAGUACCUGGAACGCCUCCGACGCUUUAUCGGCCAGGAGCUGGCGGCCCAACACGCCUGAGUAGUCCUCCCUCUCGCACCUCCUCUGGGUCCCUCCUUAUAUAUCCGAGGGAGAGCCGGUCGGCUCUCUUUG